AUGUCUGGUGAAGAAGAUCUUGAGACGCAGCCAUUACUGCCACAUGAUGAGAGGGUGGAUACGAGGGAGAUUCCUACUGAGCAGAAUGGGAGACCUUAUUAUAAGAUUGUUAGUGCGGUGAUUACUCUGCUGAUGCUUCUUAUAUCUGUAAUCAAGCUACAUAACAGCGCUCCGUCUAUGGAGGAGCUGCAAAACGAUAUAAUGACCAUGUCAGAUGUGACUGUCAACAACGUGCAUGUUGAUGGGUGGAAAAGCGGCAAGGAUAGCGGGUUGAAUUAUGAUGGCGGCAAAUUUCUGCAAUUGACCACAUCGGUAGAUUUGACACUGAAUUACGACUUACUGUCAAAAGAGAGAAGUAAGUGGUACCAUUUUAUGGGCGAAGAAGUCGCUCGUUCUCUCUGUUUCAAAGCUAAUAAUGUCACCUUGUACAACACGGAUCCGGUACAAGACGAUAUUUAUCGUCUGGGGAGUUUGGUCAUCAAUAAACCUUUCUGUAUUGACCUAAGCAACGGCACACAGAACCGGCUGGAGGUAGUCGCCCUUGUAGAACCCAACAUGAAGAAUGUGGUACGUAUUGUGAGAAAACUUUGGGGAAAAAAAUACGAUCAAGUUAAUCUGUGGUCUGUUUCGGAUAUAUCAAUCUUAAAAGAUUUGAAGAUUGGUAAUUUACAAAUUGGAAGCUUCCGCAACUUAAAAAUUGAUUUAAAUGAAUUUUUUCGAUUUGAACAACUUAGCAAUUUUUUAGGUGAAACUUUUACUGAAAUUGAAAAUCAAUUCACGGUGAAAGAAGUACAAAUGCAAGAUCUAGAUAAGGGGUUUGGCAUUGAUGUCACAAGUGAGCAAAUUGAUUUCAGUUUUUUACCUAUAUGGGACUGGAUUGAAUUACCAAAAAACACGCUGAUACCUUCACUUAGUUGGAAACCAAAACUUGCCAAUUGUUUGAAUGAUUACACCAUAGAGAUUCCUUCAUUAAAUUGUUCCAGUGAAAAUUUUCAGUUUUCUAAAAUGAUUCAACCAAAAGUAGCCGGCAACUUGGUUGGUCCAUUACCGGAUGAAUUAUUAUCUCAUGUAUGUUGGUCUGAUGAAGAGAAUACAGUGACACCAUUAACCAAAUUAUUAAAUUCUUUAUUUAAUGAAACUGAAAGAUUGACUUUUCAAAUGAAAGGUGAAGCUAUUGAAAGCACUAAAUACCAUCAGUCAUUAAUUCCAAGUGAUUUACUCAAUUCUGCAUUAGACGAAUUGUCAUAUUUUACUAUUGCACCAAAUGUCUCGUUCAAUAUAUCUACUUUAUUGCGGGAAUUUAAUAUAAAUGAUUUGAGAUUGAAAUGGCUAAAUGGCUACCAAAGAUUACAGUUGCUCGGAACCAUCCAAGGAAUUCUUGAUUUAUCUUUUUACAAAACCACUGAAGAACGAUUCUAUGUGAAUAAUAUAAAAGGUGAAUUAGAACUUUUUCAUCGUGAUAACAAAUUUUUAGAGAUUCCAAUGAAAGUUUGGACCAAUUCCACAUCUAGAAUGUUUCUGGAUGCAGAAACAAAUAAUACCAUGAUGGAGUUAAUAUUUGAUAUUAACGAUAGUAAUUUAAAAGUCAUAGACAAGUUGGAGUUAAGUAGAACUUUCAAUGAAAUUCUCUUUUAUGGCGAAACCAAAGUUACAUUUGAUAGCACAUUAGACAUCGUAAUAGAUAGUCUAUUAGGUGAGAUCGUAAUCACAGGCUUGAAGACUAGUGGUAGUACGGUAGUUCAUUGA